AUCACUUCCCCUACAUUUCACCUUCAUUAUAUCACUAUUCACUAUGAGAAUUUUAAUUUCAAAAAUCCACUUUCCUUCAAUACCCACCCACAAUUAUAUAAAUCCCACCUCAACCCAUCAUCUCAAAUCCCCAACCCUAUCUUUCUCACACCGUCCACCCACUAUCUCCGGUCGCAUUCGAUCUACAAAACCACCCAAUAUGCCGUCGGAAGCACCGCCGCCGCCGCCGCAGUUGCAGCAACUACAAGGACCGGUGCCGCCUAAUUACUGGGGCGACAUGCCGGCGGAGGAGUACUACCCCUCACGGGGGGUGCGCAAUACGCAGUCGUAUUUCGAAACCCCCAACGGCAGACUCUUCACGCAGUCGUUUCUGCCGCUGGAGAAGAGCCAGCCGAUAAAGGGCACGGUUUUCAUGACCCACGGCUACGGAUCCGACUCCGGAUGGUGCUUUCAGGAGAUAUGUAUUAACUACGCUACCUGGGGCUACGCCGUCUUCGUCGCCGAUCUCCUCGGCCACGGCCGCUCCGACGGCAUCCGAUGCUACCUGGGCGAGAUGGACAAGGUGGCGGCCGCCUCCGUGCACUUUUUCAAGAGCGUGAGGUAUAGCGAUGACUACAAGCAUUUGCCGGCUUUCUUGUUCGGGGAAUCCAUGGGCGGGCUAGUCACCAUGCUUAUGUAUUUCCAGUCCGAGCCCGAUACAUGGACUGGGCUCAUCUUCUCCGCCCCACUUUUUGUCAUACCUGAGCCCAUGAAACCCUCUAAGGUGCAUCUGUUCGUGUACGGGCUGUUAUUUGGGCUUGCGGAUACAUGGGCCUUGAUGCCGGACAACAGAAUGGUGGUGAAGGCGAUAAGGGACACCGAGAAGCUGAAAAUCAUCGCCGCAAAUCCAAGGAGGUACACCGGAAAGCCCAGAGUGGGAACCAUGAGGGAGAUCUCCCGACAAACGGAGUACGUCCAGAACAACUUCCACAAGGUCACGGCGCCGUUUCUCACGGUGCACGGGACAGCCGACGGCGUCACUUGCCCGUCGGGGUCGAAGAUGUUGUACGACAAAGCAAGCAGUGAGGACAAGUCGCUGAAGCUGUACGAAGGAUUGUACCAUUCGCUGAUACAGGGUGAGCCCGAUGAGGACGCGGCUCGUGUUUUGGCUGAUAUGAGAGCUUGGAUUGAUGAAAGAGCUGACAAGUAUGGCCCCAAACUAAACGCCACCGUUUAAGUAUUCGCAUUACUACAUUAUUAUUGUUAUUAUUAUUCCCAUUUCCCAAGGCUUGGUUUGGCUAUUAUUUCUAUUCUCAAGACAUAUAAACCUGAGUUUUUAGGUUUAAUUCUUAAUUCUCAAUUCUCAAAGAAUUAUGUAAAAAAAAUCCAUUAUUAUUGGGAAAAUUUUCUACUUGAAUGAUUUUAUUUGUGAAUGAACUA